AUGCUCGAGCAGGUCACGCUCCACGCAGAGAAGAAGCUCGGCGACCAGGUCGGUCAGGCCGACACCCGCGAGCAGCUCAUUGACUACGGUAAGCGCACCCAGCACAUCUACUUUGACUGGAACAGGCACACCGAGCACGCCCUGCCGCUCAUCGCGCUCCAGUAUCACGACGGCAAGAUCAACGUGCGCACGCGCCGCGCCGAGGAGCUCAUCGUGCGCUCCGGCGAGGCCAACAACCCCGCCACGCUCGCCCAGCCCGGCGACAUGUGCGAGAUGACCCUGCUGCUCAACUACGUGUUCCUCGACGCCAUGGAGAGGCGCAUGUUCGCCCAGCAGAUGCACGAGUACCUCGUCGACGAGGUGCAGCACUCGAGCUCCGAGUCGCACACCGCCGGCGUGAGCUCGCAGCACGUGCGCCUCAACUUCAACCACCCCGUGAAGGAGCUCCUCUGGGUCGUCCAACGCGACUCGGCCAUCACGCCCACGCCCUACACCGGGCCCGGCGCCCUGGCCGGCGGCGGUGGUAACGACUGGUUCAACUGGUCGGGCCAGUACGACGCCGGUCUCGGCCUCGUGUUCGACCCCAUCGCCUCGGCCGAGCUCCAGCUCAACGGCCACCCGCGCACCCUCGAGCACCCCGCCCAGUAUUACCGCACCGUGCACCCGCGCGAGAAGCACACCAGCAAGCCCUCGGGCUUCAUCUACAACUACAGCUUCGCCCUCUACCCCGAGGACAAGCAGCCCUCGGGCUCGUGCAACUUCUCGAGGAUCGACAACGUCACCCUGCGCCUCAUCUUCCCCAACGCCUACAACGCCGAGUCGGCGGCCCACGCCACCCCCUUCAACGGCCAGAUCCGCGUCUACGCGCCCAACCACAACUAUGCCAACUAA